AACAACUUCUUCCUCGCUCGCAAUUCAGGCCUCACGCCACAUCUACCAAUCUUCCUCUCUUACUGUGUGCUCUCCCAUUCACACCCUUUUUUGUCGAGCGGAUCCUCAAUUGUCAUCGGCACAUUGCAUCUCCACAUUACGAUUUUGAUCCCACACGGAACUGCAUAGUCACAUUUCUCAUCAUGCCGGGAAUCAUUAAAGGUCCUUCGACCUUGUAUGACAAAGUCUUCGAGCAACACAUUGUCGACGAGAAGCCCGAUGGCACCAUCAUCCUCUACAUUGACCGCCACUUGGUCCACGAAGUAACCAGCCCGCAGGCCUUCGAAGGUCUAAAGAACGCCGGUCGUGGCGUGCGACGGCCGGACUGCACCCUCGCGACCACCGAUCACAACGUCCCCACCAGCUCGCGAGCCAACUUCAAAAACAUCACCGAAUUCAUCGAGGAAGAAGACGGACGAUUACAAUGCGAGACGCUCGAGCAAAACGUCAAAGACUUCAAGCUCACAUAUUUCGGAUUGGGCGACAAGAGACAGGGAAUCGUUCAUGUCAUCGGUCCUGAGCAGGGCUUCACACUCCCCGGCACCACUGUCGUCUGCGGCGACUCACAUACCAGCACACACGGAGCGUUCGGUGCUCUCGCAUUUGGUAUUGGAACAAGUGAAGUCGAGCACGUUCUCGCCACACAAACACUCAUGACUCGCCGGAGUAAGAACAUGAAGGUUCAGGUCGACGGAGAGCUCGCUCCCGGUGUAGGCAGCAAGGACGUUGUCCUUCACAUUAUCGGUGUGAUUGGUACCGCUGGUGGUACUGGCCACGUCAUUGAGUUCUGUGGUUCGACCAUUCGUGGACUCAGUAUAGAAGCGAGAAUGAGCAUGUGCAACAUGAGUAUCGAAGGAGGUGCCCGUGCUGGUAUGGUCGCUCCGGAUGAGACAACAUUCGAAUACAUCAAGGGCAAGCCCCUUGCGCCCAAGGCUGAUUCGGCGGAAUGGAGAAAGGCAGUCAAGCACUGGCAAGGGCUCAAGAGUGACCCAGAUGCCAAAUGGGACGCCGAGGUCUUCAUCAACGCUGCGGACAUUGCUCCGACCGUCUCGUGGGGUACCUCACCUCAGGACGUUGUUCCUAUCACCGCCAAGGUUCCUGGUCCAGAAGACUUCGCCGACCCUAACAAAAAGCAAGCAUGCGAGCGCGCUCUUCACUACAUGGGUCUUACUGCCGGUGUUCCCAUGACCGAAGUUGUCGUUGACAAGGUCUUCCUCGGUUCCUGCACAAAUUCCCGCAUCGAGGAUAUGCGGAUAGCGGCUCACGUGGUCAAGGGCAAGAAAAUCGCUCCGAAUAUCAAGCGCGCAAUGGUCGUCCCUGGAUCUGGUCUUGUCCGAAAGCAGGCUGAGCGGGAAGGUCUCGACCGCAUUUUCAUCGACGCUGGAUUUGAGUGGCGUGAAGCCGGAUGCUCCAUGUGUCUCGGCAUGAACCCUGAUAUUCUCUCACCUGGCGAACGCUGCGCUAGCACGAGCAACCGUAACUUCGAGGGCCGACAGGGAGCCGGUGGUCGCACCCAUCUCAUGUCACCUGCCAUGGUUGCUGCUGCUGCUCUUGCUGGAAAGCUUGCCGAUGUGCGCAACCUUGAGGGUUACGAGCAAGCUCUACCCAAAGCGAAGUCUGGACCGAUCAAUGUCGAGGCAUACGUCGACGAGCCGGAAUCUGAUGCCGACAUUGAGAACAUUCUCGAUCUCCCUGAAGAUAGCCACAUCACCAAGGCUCCCACCAGCGUUGCUUCUCCCGCAGGCAUGCCACCAUUCAAACAACUAAAGGGUAUCGCCGCUCCCAUGGAUCGCACUAACGUCGACACUGACGCCAUCAUUCCCAAACAAUUCCUCAAGACCAUCAAACGUGCCGGUCUCUCUUCCGGGCUCUUCCACGGCUGGCGCUACCAGGCCGACGGCAAGACGCCCAAUCCAGACUUCGUCCUCAACCAGGAGCCAUUCUCAAAGGCAAAGAUCCUCGUCGUUUCUGGCCCCAAUUUCGGCUGCGGCUCCUCGCGAGAACACGCACCUUGGGCUCUCCUCGACUACGGCAUUAAAUGUGUCAUCGCCUCAUCCUUCGGCGACAUCUUCUACAACAACACCUUCAAAAACGGCAUGUUGCCCCUCCGCAUCCCGGACGAAGCAGCGCUCCAAGCGAUCUUCGCCGAAGCCUCCGCCGGCCGCGAAAUCGAAGUCGACCUCGAAGCCAACAGCGUCAAGACCGCCGACGGUAAGGUCCUCGCUGAAUUCGAGGUCGAUGAGUUCCGGAGACAUUGCCUUCUCAACGGCCUCGAUGAUAUUGGACUUACCAUGCAGGAUGAUGAGAAAAUCGCGGCGUUCGAAAAGAGGAGAACUCUUGAGACGCCGUGGUUGGAUGGCGCGGGUUAUCUCGCUAAACACCGUCCUGAGGCGGUCAAGAUCAAUGCCGCUCCGGUCCCGACGACGAACAGGGGUGAGGAGAAAAAGGAGCCGUUGGAUUGGUAGGGGUUCCAUGGCAGUGAUCAAAGGAGGUUUGGAGGUAGAAUUGGACAGAGAAAGCUUGAAGACGCUUUUAGCAAAUCAGUAUCGAAUUUCGGUAUCACAAGUGUAUGCCUUGGGAAGGCUGAUGAUCAUAUGAGGACGAAUGAGUAAUGGAAUGAAAGCAUUUAUGGUGGUCGAGAAUUGACAAAAUCUUCUACCGCGCCCCGGAGAACUGGGUCUGAUAUUCCUUGUAGCCACUGAUGCCCUGAAAUUUCGUCGAGCUGUUGGUCAUGCUGAAUAUCCUGCCGAUCUGCUUGACGUGACGAU